AUUUGGCGCCACAUUUCCAACAAGGAACAGCACAGAAGAAAGCUCCGUGUCUCUGACAGCGAACCAAAAUAACCCGCAGUUCAUGUUCAUUUAGCGUUAUUUUACCCCGUUUUCUUGAUCUUAAACCUUCUUAAGUUUUCAAAAUGUUCAUCACGGACAUAAGAAAGGAGUUUUAUGAAGUUGUUGCCAAUCAGAGAGUGGCUCUCCUGGUGGCGUCAGACAUCGACGCACUCUGCGCCUGUAAGAUAAUACAGGCGCUGUUCCACUGUGACCAGGUUCAGUACACACUUAUUCCAGUAACAGCCUGGCAGGACCUUGGCACCGCCUUCCUUGAACACAAAGAGCAGUUCAAGUAUUUUGUUCUCAUCAACUGUGGGGCAAAUGUUGACCUUCUUGAGAUGCUUCAGCCCGAUGAUGACUCCGUCUUCUUCAUCUGCGACACUCACCGGCCUGUAGAUGUGGUCAAUGUCUACAACGACAGCCAGAUAAAGCUUCUAAUCAAACAAGACGACGACCUUGGUGUGCCCUCAUAUGAUGACAUCUUUCGAGAUGAAGAGAACGAGGAAGGUGCCGACUCUGGAAAUGAGAGUGAAGACGGAUCAGAGCCGUCUGGGAAACGAAGGAGAUUUGACGAGGGAGCAAUUGAGAGGAGAAUUGAUAGACAGCGAGCGAAGCGGGAGUGGGAAACGAGAAGGAGGGAAAUCUUAUUUGACUAUGAGCAGUAUGAAUAUCACGGGACAUCGGCUGCAGUGAUGUUUUUUGAGCUGGCCUGGGUGUUGACUAAAGACACCAAGGACAUGCUUUGGUGGGCCAUCAUUGGACUGACUGACCAGUGGGUUCAUGAUAAAAUCACACAUAUGAAGUAUGUAACAGACAUUGCAACAAUGCAGCGACAUGUUUCCCGGCAUAACCAUCGAAACGAAGACGAGGAGAACUCUCUCUCCAUCGACUGUAUGAGGAUCUCCUUUGAAUACGACCUCCGUCUAACCCUCUACCAGCACUGGUCCCUGUAUGAGAGCAUCUGUAAUUCCUGUUACACGACGUGCCACUUUAAGCUCUGGACGUUAAACGGUCAAAAGAAGCUCCAGGAGUUCCUCGCUGACAUGGGGCUACCUCUGAAGCAAGUGAGGCAGAAAUUCAACUCCAUGGACAUGACGAUCAAAGAAAACCUACGGGACGUCAUUGAGGAGUCUUCCAAUAAAUACGGUAUGAAGGACAUCCGCAUCCAGACAUUUGGCGUUCACUUCGGCUUUAAGAACCGCUUCCUGGCCGUAGACAUGGUGCAUGCCACCGCUGCCCUGCUGGAGAGCACCGAGAAGGAUGAGAGCAACAGCGACAACUUCAUCAAGGCCCUGGACUCUCUUUCAAGGAGUAACCUUGAGCGUCUACACUCAGGCAUUGACCUGGCGAAGAAGAAGCUGAUGGCGAUCCAGCAGACUGUGGCCAGCUGCAUCUGCACCAACCUGAUCCUGUCGCAGGGACCCUUCCUCUACUGCUACCUCAUGGAGGGAACGCCCGAUGUGAAGCUCUUCUCUCGGCCCAUGGCCUUGACUCUGCUCUGCAAAUACCUCCUGAAGGCUUUUGUCAGUUCUACGAGGAAUAAGCGCUGCAAACUUCUUCCGCUCAUCAUGGCUGCUCCCAAGGACUUGGAGAAGGGAACCGUCAUUGUUUUGGGGAUCCCACCCGAGUCUGAAACAUCGGACAAGAAGAAUUUCUUUGGUCGAGCCUUUGAGAAAGCUGCAGAGAGCACCAGCUCCAGAACUCUACACGACAACUUUGACACUUCAAUAAUUGAGCUGAAGACGGAGGACCGGAGCAAGUUUCUGGAUGCUCUGAUCACCCUCCUGUCCUGAGAGGAGACGUGAGCCUGAGUCUGGUUGUGCUGCUGUUCACACCUUUAAUUCAGAUGUCAUCAGUACAAGAACUUUAUUCAAGAUUUCAAUGUUUUUAAUAAUUGUGUGUGUGUAUAUUGUACAGUCUUUGUGUAAAUGUAUGUUUUUACUGUCUUUAUAUCAGUCUUUUAUUCCUGUUUGUAUGUGAGUGGAUUAUCCCCUUUUUUACUUUUUAAACAUGUUUAAUAAAUAAUAGUAAGU